AUGGCCUCCCGGGGCCUCGGGGGCCUCAGCGGGAGCCGCGGCGGUGGCAGCAGCGCCAAGAAGAGCCUGAGCGCCCGCAAUGCUGCGGUGGAGAGGAGGAACUUGAUCACCGUGUGCAGGUUUUCUGUGAAGACCCUGAUUGAUCAGUCUUGCUUUGAGACAAUUGAUGAUUCUUCUCCUGAAUUUAACAAUUUCGCAGCUAUUUUGGAACAGAUUCUAAGUCACCGGCUAAAAGAGAUUCCCCAAAGUUGCAGAUGGCUGGCUCAUCUCCAAAUACCUCUUCAAGGUCAAGUAACCUGGUUUGGUUAUGAAAGUCCUCGUACCUUCUGGGACUAUAUCAGAGUGGCUUGCCGGAAAGUUUCACAAAAUUGUAUCUGCAGCAUUGAAAAUAUGGAAAACGUCAGUUCUUCUAGAGCUAAGGGUAGAGCCUGGAUCAGAGUAGCACUUAUGGAAAAGCAUUUAUCUGAAUACAUCUCUACAGCUCUGAGAGACUCCAAAACAACCAGGAGAUUUUAUGAAGAUGGAGCAAUUGUCUUGGGUGAAGAAGCAAAUAUGCUUGCUGGCAUGCUACUUGGACUCAAUGCUAUUGAUUUCAGCUUCUGCCUAAAGGGAGAGGGAUUGGAUGGCAACUUUCCUGCUGUAAUAGACUAUACACCAUAUUUGAUGUAUACGCAAAGUUCUGAUAGUAUCAGCAGUGAUGAGGAGGAGCUAAGGACUUUGGGAAGCAGUGACAGUGAAGGCAGCACUCCGGAGAAUGUCGGACCUCCUUUAAUCGUGGAUGAGAACAGUUGGUUCAACAAGUGUAAGAGAGUUAAACAAAAGUAUCAACUUACCCUGGAACAGAAGGCUUAUCUUGAAGAACUCUUACGACUUCGAGAGAACCAACUGUCUGAAUCUGUCUCCCAGAAUAAAAUACUACUUCAGAGGAUUGAAGAUUCUGAUCUGGCACAUAAGUUGGAAAAGGAACAAUUAGAAUAUAUCAUUGUGGAGCUGCAAGAUCAGCUGACUGUGCUAAAGAAUAAUGAUUUAAGAUCAAGACAAGAGUUAACUGCCCACCUCACCAACCAGUGGCCUUCCCCAGGAGCUCUGGAUGUCAAUGCUGUUGCCUUGGAUACGUUGCUUUACCGAAAACACAAUAAACAGUGGUAUGAGAAAAGUUAUCAAAGUCUUGACCAGUUAUCAGCAGAAGUUAGCCUUUCUCAGACUUCACUGGAUCCAAGCCAGUCACAAGAAGGAGAUGGAAAACAAGAUCCAUUAAAUUUAAUCAAUGCAGGUAAAGAAGAUACUCCCUCAUUACUUGGUCUGUGUGGGUCUCUAACAUCAGUGGCAAGUUACAAGUCUCUAACUAGUCUAAAAUCUAAUGACUACCUUGCAAGCCCUACAACAGAGAUGACAAGUCCAGGCCUAACUCCAUCGUGA